AACAGAGAUACAGCUGGAUCUGUUCAAUUAGCAGUGCAAAAUACAGGAGUUUAAAGAAAUCAGAUAAACAUUUGAAAAGUUUCUGUUUAAUUGAACUAAGAAAUUCUUAGUAAGAAUGCCUCUGAAUAAUGAGAGAAGAUCAUUUUGGAUCUCGUGCAAGGAUUUGUCGGUAGAACCGGCCGGAUUCCUCCUCGUGCUCAGCAUGGUAGUUUCUACUCUCUUGUUUCAAAAUAUCAGGAUGGAAACGACUUGUCGUGUCGAUCUGGGCUACGAUAUGGAAGUCUGCAAAGAGAUUAUUAACAAAGUCAACAUCACUUACAAAACAGAGGAGCGCGAAAUUCAAAAAGCCGUCGCGGGUAUUCAAGCCGUCACGUCCGUCGUGUUCAGCUGUAUCACCGUCUUCGUCGUGUUCUUCACCGGACCAUGGAGUGACACCCACGGGCGGAAAAUUCCCCUCGUCAUCUCAACCAUGGGAUUAAUGUUAAUGCCAACGAUGAUGAUCGUUGGCUACCUAUGCCUCGGAAAAAUUAGCGCCGUCUACAUCUCACUUCUCGCCAUGUUGCCGACCACCUUGAGCGGCGGCGCUACAGUGUACUCUAUGUCGGCGGGAUCGUACAUUUGCGAUACGACAACGCCGAAAAACAGGACGGUGAGAAUGGGCGUCUUCUGGGCAUCCGUGAGAUCCAGUACGCCCAUCGGGUUCAUGCUUGGCGGACUCUUAAUGAAGUGUCAAGUCGGAAUGGUAAAGUCGCUACUAAUUCCUGUGGGAUUAUCGGGAUUAGCGUUUCUUAUAGUGUUCUUGAAGGUCAGAAACGGAAAACCGGAGGCAGUCUUUAUCGAUAGCGGGGAAAAUGGCGGGACCGCUAAAUAUAGCGGGGAAAACGAUGAGGUGGAAAAAUUUAGUGGGGAAAGAGAUACGAUUGAAAAAUUUAGCGGGAAAAAUGAUAGGACCGCUAAAUAUAGCGGGGACAAACCUUGCUGGAGAAAAUACAACCCGGUAACGAAUUUGAUACAAGUGUUUGGGAUGCUGUUUCAAAAGCGGGAGCACGCUUUGUGGUUCUACUUGCUGAUUUUGGCCCACAUUUGCUACGCUUCGCCAGGUGCUGAGCAAUCACUUGUGUACCUCUUCGUCAGGGAGAGACUUCAGUGGAAUAUCAGCAAUUUUGGGUUCUUUUCAAUGAUUAACUGGGUGCUGAGUGCGGGUGGGGUUUUUCUUUCGAUGUUUGUGUUAAGCAAAACUCUUAAACUGUCCGAUCCACUAGUGGGAUUUGUGUCAGGAAUAAGCCAGAUUUCGGGAUCGACAAUGUACGCGUUUACUACGACGCGGAUAAUGAUGUUUUGCGCCUCCGUCCUGGACAUGAUGAAUGGCACAAUUGGAGUUGUUGUUAAAUCCAUGCUCUCAAAAUCGGUGGCGAUUAACGAAGUCGGUAAAUUAUUCGCACUACUGGGCGCGAUUGACAGCCUUCUCCCAUUGGUCACCAUGCCAACGUACGCUUUCGUGUAUCGCAGUACGGUAACAUUCUUCUCAGGAGCUUUCUUCCUCCUCUCGGCAGGGAUAACGCUACCCGUGGAAAUUAUUUUUAUGAAUGGGUGGAGAUAUUGGGAGUCAGAUGUGGAUAACGUACGCCGGAGAUGACAAGGAAGCGGAAGCGUGGAAAUGUAUCGGCCUGGGACGGUCUCUAAGGCGAAGUUUGACCACGAGACCGCUCGGUGUCAUUAUUUCCGAAGACGUAUCACAGGAGAUGAAGGAGCUACUGAAAUCCGAGUUUCAAGUUUGUCGCCGUAUAAACCCAAGGGGAAAACCUAAGGAUGGGAGAAACUUGCAAUUCCGCUCACUGGCAAAACUUGACAUCCUCCGAAUUCCUCAACUCAAAGGCAGCGUAUUUCUAGACUGCAAUUGCCUCGUUCUGAAAAAUUGCGACUCAAUCUUCCGCGACAAAGGUAUGCAGUGGAUCGACACGGAUGAGCAUCGUCAUGCUGCAAUUUUUGUCAACUCGAAACAUGGAAAGAGAACUGGAAUGAUGAUUGAUCAAAUUGUUGAAAUUGAAAAUGAAAAUGACACCACUUGCACGAAAAAUAGUAUUGCUCAGCUCGAGGAAUUCUACGGAAAACUUACCUACUGUAAAGAGGUUAACAUUUCCUAGUCAGUUACAUAAAACUACAAAAGUAGAGAUAAAUAUAUAUAUUACUGAUAUUAUUAAUUUGACACAUUAUAGAAUACGUAAUAAAUAUCUGUAUUUCAGCGAAUAUCCCCAAGCAGUUAAUGGAGAUGAUGUGAAGAUGGUGUAUUUCAUGAAUGGAGGUCAUCCCAUGGAAGUAUCAUGUCAAAAGUUCUACACCUUUGAGUAUGAUUUGACGAAAAUUUGGAAUUCACUUGUAUCUCCGAUCCGUUCUAAAGAACUGGUAAAUAAUUUGUUUUCUAUCUUGCGACAUCUAACACUUUGAGUUUCAUUUCUCUUUCUUAUAUCUCAUUUAUUAUAUCUCAUUUACUACGAAUUACAUCCAACUAGAAAAAUUUCAACUAGACUAAUUCUCUAGCUAGAAUAAUUUUGAGGGACGGAUUUUUUUAAUUUACGGCUUUCAAAAGAUUUGAAACAGAAGUAAUAUGUACUGUAAUCAUUUGGAGAUUUCUAACAAUAUAUGCGAUAUUAGUGUGCAGUGAAGGAUAAUUAUGAGGACGGUAUUCGUUAUGUAGUUGGAGUUUUGUUGGUAAUAAGGCGAUCGAAUGUCACACGGAUAUUAAAGUUCAUUUUAGUUACUGUGAAUUUAAUUCUUAAGUCAUUACGAAUUAUGUAAAUUUUGACUACUUAAUUUAGAGUGACUGGUGGGACAUGUGACUGACUCUGAUAAAGUCACGAGCGAGAAUAAGUGCUGAAGGCCAUAAUUUUGGUGGUAAAAUAAAGUCACAAUAAAAUCGACGUUCAGACUGAAGGACUUACACAAAUUUUCCGACAAAGUUAGAGACAAAGAACUUGUGUCGACACAUUAAAUCCCUAAUACACACUGUGCCCACCUGAUUAUCAUAAAUAGAUCAACUA